AGGUGGUGGAUCGGAGUAGAAUGAUUGAUUGUAUAAAGAAAUAAGAGCAGAACCAUUAAACUGGAUUUAGCAGGAGCUCAGAACCUGAAACAGCUUUUGACUGAAGGUUCCUUCAGGCAGUUAGUAGAAACGUGAUUUCCGUGCUGCAUUCGGCUGGAGAUUAAAACAGCUGGAAAGGGAGGAUCAAACGACUGCAGAGACCUCAAACAGUUCAGUGGACAAGCGGCCUGAAACAGGUUGAAGUGAACUUCGGACAACAAACUUCUCAACACCCUCAAAGAAAGCAGAACUGCAGGAAAUGACCUCCAAACCCCAUAAAGAGAACAAAAGCCAUACCAACCCACAAAGAAGAGAGAACAAAGAUGUCCCUUCUCAUCUGUCCGAGAUACAGAAUAAACUGAUUGCAGCUGGAACGUCAUUCAUUCAGCAGUUUGACAAAAGUGAAACCAAGAUGAAACCUGUUGUCCUUAGGCUUCAUAUGAUUUCUGAAGAAGUUGAGCAAAUUCAGGAGAUGACGAACAAAAUUAGACCAGUUGGAGCUGUGGUGGGAGGUAUAGGAUUGCUUGCUUGUGUCGCUACAGCUCCAUUCACUGCAGGAUUCCGUUUAUUUGCUGCUUUUGGUGCUGUUGCUGGACCUCUUGGGGCUGUUUGUGGACAAAUCGGCUUGGUUGUAGACUCACUCACUGUAGGUUGGAGGUUAGCUGUUGCUUCUGCUAAAGAUGAUGUUGCUGAUGGACCCGUUAUAGGAGCUGUUAUUACUGCAGCUGUUGUUGGACUUAUUGUUUUUGCUGUUGCUGGAGUUUUAGUUGAAGAUAGAGGUCCAUUUAUUGCUGUUGCCGCUAACUUUUCUGCUGGAGCUACUGCUGCUGCUGCUUCUGUUGCAAGUACAGGUGCAGUUAGUGUUGUUGGCUCAAAUCUGAUAAAAAUCAUAACAGAGAGGAAAAAAGCAAAAGAAGCCGGGGGUAAGGGGGAACAAUUUGUGGAGAUGCUUAAACCUCUUAAAAGAAUGCUUAAAGUCACAAAGGCCACAUGUAAUCUGUUGGAGGAAGAAUCAUAUGAAGUUCUUGUGAAAUACACCCUGAGAGAUGUAGAUAAGUUUCUGGUUCUGCUCAAAAAGGUAAAAGUGCUUAAGGAGAUGAGUGAAUCAGUCUUAAUACUAGGAACACUCAUCAGCAUCACACCAACACCUGAAGCACAGCAGGAGAUAAGAAAUGCCAUCAAAGAUGCAGCUCUUCAAAGUCAGAAGAUCACUGAAGACUUUGCAAAGAUAAAACAGAAACUUAGUGAUUACAAGAUAAUAGUCAGCCCCUGAUAAACUGGAUGGGAAUAUGUCAUUUUCAUAGGGUUUCAAGCCCACGGAGUGAGUAACACAUGUAUUCCUUUUCAGAUAUGAUGCUAAACUUAACAGAUAGCAAAAUAGCACACAGCACAAUACUAUCCAUAAUUGUUUGUUAUUCGUUUGUGCAUAGAUCAAACCCUGCGGCCAUUUGUUCUGCACAUGUGCGUUUUCUCAUCUGGGGAGUAAGGAUGUGCAAUAUGGCACAAAAUUCAUAUCAAUAUAUAUUGUGAUGGGUGGUGGCAAUGACAUAUAUAUAUUUCAAUAUAAUUUGUAUAACAUAAUAAAAAA